AUGCUAAGCGGUGCUGGCAUGAUACUGCAGCUCAGUUUCUCUGAAGACACAGAUAUUCUAUUCUACACCGAGUUAAUAUUGGAAGUGUUGCAUGUAGUCACUGCAAUGCCAACUGAAAGUCCUGGAAUGUGCUAUGUAGAUGGAAAGUGGUAUCUCAAUAGAUCACUAGAAAUAGAACCAGAUGAUGCUUUUGCAUUGAGAAAUCGAGGAGAAACUCACAGAAUGUUGAAUAAAUAUAACGAAUCACUUUCAGAUCUCAAUAGAUCACUAGAAAUAGAACCAGAUGAUGCUUUCACAUUGAGAAAUCGAGGAGAAACUUACAGAAUGCUGAAUAAAUAUAACGAAUCACUUUCAGAUCUCAAUAGAUCACUAUAA